ACACCGUCUGUAUCUGUAUUGUGUACUGAACGAUUUCGGCAAAGUGACGUCCGUUGUUGCAUCGGCAAUUUGGUCGCUUUUUCCUCGACUCGUGACUUGCGAGGCUCCCGAGAGCGGAUUCGGACAGUUUGCCUGGAUAGUCGAGUGGUCGGCGAGCGAAAGCGGCGCCGAGUUCCCUGUGAAAAGCGAGAAACAGCGCACACGGCACAAAGCAGCGGUUCAAAAUGGCAGCGAGCGAUGCAGCCGACGAUUCCCUUUACCCCAUAGCGGUGCUGAUCGACGAGCUAAAGAACGAGGACAUUCAGCUGCGGCUCAACUCGAUCAAGAAGCUGUCCACGAUCGCCCUGGCGCUGGGCGUGGAGCGCACCAGGAGCGAACUCAUCCCCUUCCUCACCGAGACCAUUUACGAUGAGGACGAGGUCCUGCUCGCCCUUGCCGAGCAGCUCGGCAACUUCACCCCUCUCUGCGGCGGCUCUGAAUACGUCCACUGCCUCCUGCCUCCACUCGAGUCGCUGGCGACAGUGGAGGAGACGGUGGUGCGCGACCGCGCUGUCGACUCGCUCCGGCAGAUUUGCGCACUGCACAGCCCGGCCGAUUUGGAGAACCACUUCGUGCCGCUGGUGCUGCGUCUGGCCGCUGGUGACUGGUUCACCUCUCGCACCUCUGCCUGCGGACUCUUCAGCGUUUGCUACCCCAGGGUCUCUGCCAACGUCAAGUCCGAUUUGCGCCACAACUUCCGACAAAUGUGCCAGGAUGACACGCCGAUGGUGCGCCGAGCGGCCGCAACGAAGCUUGGCGAGUUUGCCAAGGUCGUGGAGCUCGAGUACCUCAAGGCCGAUCUCAUUCCCAUGUUCGUCAACCUCGCCCAGGACGAGCAGGACUCUGUGCGUCUGUUGGCCGUGGAAGCGUGCGUGAGCAUCGCCACUCUGCUGCAGCAAGAGGACGUGGAGCAGCUGGUGAUGCCGACGCUGCGCCAGUGCGCCGAGGACAAGUCCUGGCGCGUUCGCUACAUGGUCGCUGACAAGUUCACCGACCUUCAAAAGGCCGUUGGACCAGAAAUCACCAAAACGGACCUCGUGCCGGCUUUCCAGUCUCUUCUUAAGGACUGUGAGGCUGAGGUCCGCGCCGCUGCAGCUCACAAGGUCAGGGACUUUUGCCAGAACCUGGACUCGUACCAGCAGGAGUCGAUCAUCAUGAACAACAUUCUCCCGUACGUGAAGGAGCUGGUUGCUGAUCCAAACCAGCACGUCAAGUCAGCCCUCGCCUCAGUCAUCAUGGGCCUCAGCCCCAUCCUCGGCAAAUAUAACACGAUCGAGCACUUGCUGCCGUUGUUCCUGCUGCAGCUGAAGGACGACUGUCCGGAGGUGCGUCUGAACAUCAUCUCGAACCUGGACUGCGUGAACGAGGUGAUCGGCAUACAGCAGCUGUCGCAGUCGCUGCUGCCGGCCAUCGUGGAGCUGGCCAGCGACGCCAAGUGGCGCGUCCGCCUCGCCAUCAUCGAGUACAUGCCGCUGCUCGCCGGACAGCUCGGCGUCGAGUUCUUCGACGAGAAGCUCAACACCCUCUGCAUGACCUGGCUCAUCGACCACGUUUUCGCUAUCAGGGAGGCGGCGACCUUGAAUUUGAAGAAGCUCGUCGAGAAGUUCGGCCCGGACUGGGCCCAGAGCACCGUCAUUCCCAAAGUCAUCGCCAUGUCCAGGGACCAGAACUACCUGCACAGGAUGACCUGCUUGUUCUGCAUUAAUGUUUUGGCAGAUGCUUGCGGCUCGGACAUCACCGCAAAACACAUGCUGCCGACGGUACUGACGAUGGCGUCGGACGGCGUGGCCAACGUGCGAUUCAACGUUGCCAAGACCCUUCAGAAAAUCGGUCCCAUCCUCGACAUGAGCUGUCUGCAAGGGCAGGUGAAGCCAGUGUUGGACAAGCUGAGCGGCGACACGGACGUGGACGUGAAAUACUUUGCCGCCGAGGCGAUCGCAGGUAUUCCAGCCCUGGGUUGAGACGAAGAUGACUUUCCUUUUUCACCGAGAAAUAUUUAAGAUAAGCUAAAAUUAUCACUCACUCACACACACCCACUCGUAAGAGAAGCUUCGCCCCCGUACUCGAGAGUAAGUUUGUGUUGCGAUCGUGUAAAAGUGGAAGAAGAUUUAACUAAUUAUUGAACCUGACCCAAACGUUUAGAUUAUUCUUGUAAAUGUUACGUUUUCUCUUGGAGAGUAAAAGUUUUGUUGUUCGCAAGUGUAAAUAUACAUUAUGGUAACGUAAUAAUAAAACUAAAUGAUUAUACGCUAA